AUGUCAGGUGGCAGACUUCCAAGUUCCGACAUUUAUGGAUUCGUGAUUGCGUUGAUUUUCCAUGGAAAUGGCAUCCCCAGUGUCGGCCUCACUCUCGCUUUCCUCUACCAUGCACCUGUCGGCGAUGAGAUUGCCUGCAGUGGCGGACGCCGUGUUAGGCCCUACGUCGGGGUGAGCCACCACAAAUCCCUCCCCACCUCCCAUGUAUGGCAAUGAUCAUGGGCUCGCGCAAACUCUGUGCAGCCACGGUAACACGUGCUGGAAGCAAGUCGGGCACCCGUUGUGGCCCAGUGUGUGUACCAGCUCAUGCUAGGUAGAUAGAGGACAAGGUAAAUGACUUGGCAGAAGUUCUUCUGGUGCUUUUUGAUCGAGGGUUUGUAGCGGCUAAACAGUGAGAGUGUACUCCGAGCGCUACAAGCAUCAGGCCAAAUUCCGUGGUGGAGGGAAAGACAGAAGGCACCAGAAUGAGGGGUAUACAGAACCCUGAGUUGUCCCCUCUCAGUGAAUAAUAUAGAGAUUUUGAACGUUAAGAAACCUGACAACAGAGCACGACAGCGGAGCACGCUAGCAAGGCGGGUUGUACAGGUGUGUUGUUUUUCGUCACAUCCGAUAGUACUAUCGGAUGACUUGUAAAUAUUGGCCCUUAUUUUAAAACGCCUUUAAGAGAGGGCUAAGUCGGAGUCCAAGUUAUAAAGCACAGCCAAUCAGAAACGGUAACAAGUCCACGCGAGACUGGAUGGGCCAUUGAUGAUUUAGCUGCCGUCAUCCAUUGAACCUAACCCACCCCAAUGGAGACAAGGCCAGAGACUCGAAACCGGGUUCCUUGGUCAAUGAAGUAACGCCGUAUCGUUAACCUAAGAGUUCUUGCCCUUUCGUCUGUCCUCAGAAGCAUCCAACGACGUACUGCAGUGGCGUCUACUGAGCUAUCCUACCUGCAAAAUACAACACAGACUUUCUGGAUUACCAUACGGAUACGAGGUAGAACCAGUAUGGUACACGAUGAUGAUGGCAAGGCCAGCACUCGCCAUAUUAAGCUCCAUCACAGCGUUGUUGGGUGGUUGUCGUUGCGCAUCAGCAUGGAUGGACGGCAAGGCACAAAAAAGCGCCCCUCUUCUACCCUUAGGGUUAAGACGAAUCGAUUAAGUUAACACCUAGGUCAAGUCAUUUUAGUGCAUUUUUUGACGCUAGACCUACAUUUUUUCAAGAUUUACACACAGGCGGGUUGAAAGUUGAGCUUUUUUCUUCUUGGUAUUCUUCCACUGUUCUGCGUAAGCUCACUCUAGCGCGUUUCAGCAACAACCCGCAUUUACUAACUCCCUCUUGACGGGUCGGAAACGAAAGUGUCAAUCCACCACCAUAGGCGCCGAACCCAUCCAGGCCCUUGAAAUGUCACCUGAUUUGUUUUCGUUCAAUAGCCAACCGCUUUUGAUGCACUGGGUGUGGUAUCGUGUGACGGUCGCCGGCAGUCAUGCGUCUGAAAGCUAAUCGGUGCAUGUGACUGUACUUUGCACGCACCUAGCACCCGAGGAACAUCCUCGGCACUAAGAGAGAGAGAGAGAGAGAGAGAGAGAGAGAGAGAGAGAGAGAGCAAAUCGGGAGGAUCUCUUCUGCCUUAUCUACCGUUAUCAGCCAGUCACGGGCUAACUGCAGACACGGGAGAACCGAAGCUAGAACCCGCCUUACAACCGAGCCGUGAAUUCACACACUGUCGGCAGAAGCCUCUUGGUGUUUUUGUGGGGCACAAGGUCUUCUCUGGGUGCCCCGGCUGAAGCACGUCUGCAUUCACGUCCUAUCAGCGCAUGUGGCCCUGAACAUCAUGCAUAUGGAGCCCCUCUCCCCCCCCCCCUCGCCCAUGGACUGCUUUCGGUAGACAGACCUGCAGGCCGGAAGUGGAAACAGUUCGUGCUGGCUGACAUGAAGAUGCGCCGCCUAUUGAUAACCGAUUAAACACUUCGGGCUGUAGCUUUAAUUCCUCCCCGUCUGGAGUUUGACCGUGACUGACUGAUGACGGUGGAUGAGGCAGAUCUGAUCCUUCUGAUCUGCUUUCUCACUGCCGACUAUGUUCCUCAGGUGCUGAAUGCGUACAAAGUACAGUCACAUGCACUGAUUAGCUUUCAGACGCAUGACUGCUGGCGAAUGUCACACGACACCACACCCAGGGCAUCAACGACGGUUGGCUAUUAAACGAAAAGAAAACCGCGUGAUAUAUCGGCGACCUGUAUGGGUGCGGCGCCUAUAGCAGUGAACUGACACUUUUAUUUCCGACCCGACAAGGAGGAGUUGGAAAAUGCUGGUUGCUGUUGAAACGGGCUAGAUUGAGCUCACACAGAACUAUGAAAUAAUGCCAAGUAUGCUAGUAAACAGUGCCAGCUUUCCUUGUUUUAUUUCUAAGGGAACUAAUGCCCAAACUUGGAGCAAAUCCUUCGGAACAGACCUUUUCAGGCACGGUCCAAAGUUUGAUAUGAAUAUUUGAGCUGCGUCAGGCGGCGGCAUAAGAUAGGCGAAACACACGGAUCUGGGCUUUUUGAUAAUACCUGUGCUGUUAGUACGGUGAAUCAUGGCACAUUUCUAUUUUACUGGCUGCCUGUUGGCGGUUUGUGAAUAUCAGGCGGUUAUUCCGCAGUAGCUGAAGAAUUUCAGCUCAAAUAUCCUUAUCAAACUUUGGAACGUGCCUGAAAAGGUCUAUUUCGAAAGAUUUGUUCCAGGUUCGCGCACUAGUUUCCUCGGAAAUCAAAUAAGGCAAAUCGAAACUGAAGUUCAUAUACCAGAAAACACACGGGGAAAGCUGGGGGACCCACUGACGAGCUGGACUCCUCUCAGCUUCGUCAGGCAGCGGCGUGAGAUCGGCAAAACACGCGUGUCUGGGCUCUUACUUAAUACCUGUAUUGUUUGUCCGGUAAAUCAUUGCACAAUUCAAUGUUAGCUUUGUUUCACACCUGCAAGACAAUCCAGGACUUCUGUGUUGCAUUCUGCAUAGUGCGAUAGACGUGCCUGACGCUUUAUGUGAGAUGUUUGUCAGACAAUCGAGAGGGCUAGAGCUCUUGUGCUGAUCUAAUGGCCAAGGAACCCGGGUUUGAGUCUUUAGUCUUACCUGCAUUGGCUCGGGUAAGGUCCGGUGGAUGACCGAAAAUAAGUUAUCAAUGGCCCACCCAGUCUCGCGUGGUUUUGUUGACGGUAUUUUUAGCUUUACCGAGUUAGUGGAAUGAGAUUUAAAAUACAUGAACUGACAGAUUUUACCGUAGAUAUGCUAACUCAUGAAGUGUUAAUCGAAAUUCUGAAAUGGGUUUUUGACUCAAAAAGAUUACUUAAAUAGGGUUGCAAUAUUAACCCUUGUACAGCACAAUCCUAUAAUAAUUCAGUUACUAAAGGAUGCCGGCUUUUGAACUAACUCAUUACGUCUUCCUCUAAUUUUAUGCUUGAAGGAGGGGUACGAUUCGGGUUUCAAGAAGCUUCUAAUUAUGAGAUUUUUUGAGGCCGUAGAGUGUCCAUUCAUAAAAUAUCGUGUUCCUGCACUUGCUAAUAUUGCUUAUUAAUUUUAAAAUAUGGCUCAAGUCCACUGCUGAAUUUUAUGAACCAAACAUUGUCUCCUCUUAAUACCGUAGACAAAUGAAUGAUUUUCCCUACGCCUAGUUUGGAAGCCCCGAAUGCAAGUGUAACGACCGGUCGGGUUUAAAAUUAUUCUGAGAUUGUAAAAAGUUCUUUUAAAACUGAAUUACGUCCUUUCUUCAAGUACGGGAUUUGAAGAAGACGUGAUUUUUCCACAGGUCUGGUGAGCUCUCACACAAGAAGUAACUAGAAUCAGCAGGUUUCGACUGUUUUUUUUGCCGCCAUUAUUUUCACUGACGGAUGCUGUGACAACCGAUUCUACCUGAAUUAACACUUGCAUUCUGCCAAAUUCCCCGUCUACAACCAAAGGCGCAUCGGUACAUCAUACUGCCUUAUAAUUGUAGGACGGCCAUCUCCUAAGCACUGCUAUUAACAGCAUUGAACUACAUUGUGAUCGAAUCUUGUUCGUGUUAACAGCCGUUGCUUUUUACAAUGCCAUACAGAUUAAUCGAUUGACCUAUGUAAAACCGUCCAAAUGUUGGCUAAAUAAAAGCUACAGCAAACUCUGUUAUCGCGCCAGGCGUGACGGGCUGCCGGCCAAGUCCAUGGCCUUGACUACAAACGCUGCCGCUUAUCGAUCGACAUCGCAAGAACGUUGUACCCACACUUGACGAAGCUUCGCAGCCUGGAUACUGUAGGGGCGUUUGCCGAAGCAUACGCACGCACAGGGUGGAGCGGCCCGUAUGUUCCAGAAACAGCUGAGACUAUCGCGAGCGUUCCACAAUUAUGUGCACGUGCAUGCCUUCGUUAUUCCGGCCAGUGCCCGUAAAUCAACUGUUCAGGACCUUGUGCCCCACAAAAGUACCAAGGCGCUACAGCCGACAGUAUGUGAGCUCACAACUCAAAGGUAGGGGGAGCGCUGGCUUACUGAUCAAACAGCCUAGAUUCUAGCUUCGGCUCUUCCCUGCCUGGGUGGAUUUUGCUGGUCAAUUGGAGUAGCGUGUUGUGAAAUCGAUCGAUUAGUGAGCAGAUUUUGCCACCAAGGCACUCGCGUGCCUUAGUUCUCUCGGAAAAUGUCUGUGAGUAAAGUUGGAUGUCUACCCCGGUCAACCGGAGUAACGUAUCGCUGUGACGUGAAUCGAUAAGCAAGCAGGCUUCACUAUCAAGGUCAUGCACUCAGCCAAGUCCUACUCUCACCGAAACGGAAACGAACUCUGACACACGGGCAAUGAUAGCGAGACAGCUAAAGGCGGUGAAAUGAACCGUUGAAGAGGGGAUCUAGUUAGUGGUUUGUUAAAAUAAGUAAUGUGGUUUAGAUCCUAGCGAGGCCGCUCAAAAUUUAAUUUCCAGAAAUGUUGGGAAGGGGAUCAACCAGUCGCAACCCAUUUUGGAAGGCGGGGAAGGCAUUUCUAAAGCAGUCCUCGCUCGCGGUUUACCUCGGUGUGACAUCCAUGCACUCCAACGAAAGUUUAUGGUGUUAUGCAAAGAUAAAAGGGAGUAGCCUUAAAAUAGAGUUCUGCAGCAUGCCCAAAAUUGCGGCACCUCCAGGAGUGCUGGGAACAAAGUGCUAAAACAUGUGGUUUCUGGGCAUACCAGACUGCUUGGCUGUAGGAAUUUCGGUUCAAUUAUACAGAGAGUUGAGAAGAAUUUUGUCCAUUUUUUUCUAUCAGAAGGGUAAAUUCAGGGAAUCCCCUCCACUGAUGAUGCCAUAUCCUGUCUGCCUCAUUUCUUAGAUACUGGAAAGCUUUUUUGUUUAGUCUCGAGUGAAAACAGAAUAAUAAGAAGGUCGGUACUUAGUCUUGUAUUUUGUGAAGGGAAUUACUACACUAUUUCUCAAAUAAAUACGUUUCAUUUGGGAUUGGUGCUAAAAUAAACUAAUUUUUUCCCAGUUUCAGCGUAGUCUUGUGAUUCCUGCGUCAGAGAGUCAUGGGGUACGUGACCAUGUGUGAUUUCAAUAGAACGGAUCCGUUCCACACUAUGACCAUAUCGUACACAACUGCUUCCAGGGGUGCUUCGACAUUUACUGGAUUGGUCGAGGGUUCGUGAAGUCGAUAGAAGAGAAGAGGAAAGUUUCAGAAAGUAGUCUCGAGGCCGAAGAAGAAGAGGAGGGGGAGGAGGAGGAGGAGGAGGAGAAGGAGGAGGAGGAGGAGGAAGGAGAAGAAGAAGAAGAGGGGGAGGAGGAGGAGGAAGAAGAAGAAGAAGAAGAAGAGGAAGAAGAAAAGGAGGAGGAGGAGGAGGAGGAGGAGGAGGAGGUGGGGGAGGUGGGGGAGGAGGAAGAAGAAGAAGAAGAGGAAGAAGGAGGGGGAAACACGAUCACUGGAAUAAGAAUUUCAUUUGCUUGA